CCCAAAUGUUCAGCUUGAAUUAACACUGCUUUCGCUCAAGUUCCCUUCCUCUCUUACUGCCAUGUCCAAUGACAUCCAGAAGGCCGACCAGAUAGCAUGGAAGUUCUAUUCGAAGCUGGUCCUCGUAGUCAAUAACGCUCGCACGACAGAAGAAACGGGGGGUCAGACAAAGGUGGACAAAUGGUUCAACCUCGAGACACCGGACUCGGAUCUCUACAAGGAGCACUUGAAGCUAUACCGCUACAUCUCUGCUGCGGACUCGCCGCGCACGCUAGAGCUUCAAGUUCUCCUGGCGGUGCCAGAAUUGACGAACAAUCAGGCCCUUGUCUACCGGGCGCCUGAUUCCUCCCGGCUCCGCGUCGAUCCCACGCCGAGGUAUAUCCUGCUCGAGUCAUGGACCCUCGCCUUCCGACCGGCAGCACACUCAGGUUACGGGGACGCAUCGGAGGUAGCUCCACCCACCAUAUACAAGCAUGGCAUACCGCUCUACCGCAGCCUUUUCACGCUCCUGAGGAUCCUUCCAGCGUGGGCGCUCUUCAAGCGCCUGCGCCGUCGCACAAGCGGUGCAAACAGGAAUGCCAAUUUCAGCAUCAGGUUGCACGUUCAGUCUGCUAAUGAAAGGCUGGAGGGAAUACUAGGGUUCGGCACCCCUCCGGUUGCCAAUACACCACCGUUGGCCACGGGAUCCCACUCGUUUGCACCCAUACCCCAUCCCAUGGGCACUUUGUCGCUGUCCGGUGCCUACCUCCUCUCCCCGCACUUCCAAAUAGACGAACUCGAGUCUCUUCUCUCCUCACGCUUUCUGUCUCUGGAGGAGGGCAAUGAGUUCACCCCCACUCUGGCUAGGAACCAGCAGCGAGAGUCGCUGUCCACUUCGCCAGGUAGUCUGCCUGUCAAGACGUCGUUGCCGGCCUCUCCUCCGUCCUCCGUCGCAGAGCGCUUCGUCCUGCCUGCCGUGCACACGCGCACGACCUCACUGCCGGGCAAUGCGCGCAAUGUGGCACAGCAAUUCAGCCGUCCCCCCUCCAACCUUGGUACCGCAGGAUCAGCCUCGGGUGUCUCCGCGGCAUCAUCUUCUCAUCGUGGGUCGACUUCCGGUGGGUCAAAGGACGAUGGCCACCCAAUGUCGGCGAUAGGCUCGCGGUUGCGCAGAGAAAGCACUGGGACUGGUCGAGGCGCCGACUUACCUUCGUCUCCCGGUCCAUUGCCCAUCCGCCGUCCGGCAAUGGUGCAUCCCUUCAAGUCGUCCACGCUGUCCUCUUCUCCGUCCCUGCAUUCCCCGACCCCUUCUCUGCGGCAGCAUUCGCCGUUGUCGGGCGCAGGCGGUCCUUCGCUUCCGUCUCGUCCUGCGAACUCACCGACCUCUUCCCGGGCCCCUCCCCUACCUGUCGCCUCGAACGUAAAUCGUUCUCCAGGAUCGCCUGUGAUACCCCUCCGCCCGUCGCCAACCUUUAACCCAUCAAGUUUGGGCGACCGGCGACCACUAGCGUCAGCUGAAGGGGAUCCGUCUGCUCCACCGGGCAGACUCCCGGCGACCAAGAGGUAUUCUAGCAGUUUCACCCAUCGCUACGCCCUCAGUGCUGGCAGCGAGGGAAGCGCUAAGGAAGGGGGAGCAGGGGAGAAGGCUAGCUUCCUGAGCACGAAGACCGAGGAUGACGAUUUGUCGAGGUUUGUACAGGACAUCGACGCGCGGGAGCCGCUGAGCGGUCGGCAUUUCCAAUACGGUGGGCAGUUGAAAUUGCAGGGACAAGGCCAUGAUCGGGAGGAGACCCUGAAGGGCAAGGAAGUGGAUCCGCAGGAGCGCGGAGAUCGACCACGGCUCAGGACAGCAGCAACUAGCGAAGCACAGAGCGCACCCCCCGCAGCUGUCCAACUCGAACGUGCUGUCAGCGAACCUACAAGCGAGCGUCCUAGCGUAGGAUCAUCUCUGCUCCUUACAGACCAAGUCGCGGUGGACGAACGUUUGCGACGUAUGAACGAGGCGUUCAUGGCCAGUCUCGAGGGUCUAGGCGGUCGACGCAGAGACUCGAAUCAGGGCAGCCCACACAGCCAGGAGGGUAACACGAGUUCGGGCAGUGGCGAUCGUCGUACGAGCACGGGGAUAGACGUUUCGAACAUCCGGCGGGGGCAUAGAAGUAAUCCUUCUACGGACGAAUUAGACGAUGCGUAUGUGCGAGGCCUGAUGCCCUUUCGACCGCGCCAGGGAUCCGGAGCGAGUCGGUUCAGCAUCGCGUCCGCUGAAGUCAUUGGCAAGCUCGAGCUCGACGACGAGGCGAAACGCAGUCGUGGUCCAUGAGAGCCCUGCUAGAUGGCGAUAUCGAUUGUGAUUUGUGAAGGCCCUCAAUAUUUCCUAUGAGCCAUGUGAUGGACUGGGUUGAUGUCAUGACCUCAUCCUCCUCGUUUGCUCCUUUGACUCUUCUUUUACGUGCGUGUUUAUAAACACACUUUCUGGCGGCUUCCGGACUGUCGGUGCAUCUCAUCCGUCCAUCCAUAUUAUCUCCAGUCUCACUUAUGUAUGUACACCUUACAGCGCUAUGAUCAUUGUCCUUAUAUCCCCGUAUGCAUUAGUUACCACUGUUGUAGCACAUAUCUUAUUUGCUCUGUUGCGAGAGAUACAACCUCACGAUCAUGUUUCUUUGGGGAAUUACAGUUCAAAUCAAGGGGUUUG